UAGUUUUGUUUUUGUCAACAAAUGGAGCAGGCGGGAGGAAGUGGAAUUGUUGGCGAACCUGUGCCCACAGUUGGUAGAAGGGAUGCCCAAAGAGUGAAACCCACGCAUAACACUGCCAUUAAAUGCUUGAAAUGCGCGAAAGUGUUUAUAUUCCCCGCUGACAGGGACGAUUGCCUGGCGCACUUGUACCUCGAACAUCGUCUGGUCAUUGCAGAUGUGGAGGACAUAGCGCUGCUGGAGGAUUAUUUGCAAUACUGGGAGAAAGAGUUCCAAUCUCAUGAGUUCGAACAAUACUGUACAACAAUGUUUCUGGAUCAGCUGCCUGACGGUACCUACUCCAAGAACGAGAAAUAUUACCUGCUCUGUGAUAUUUUGCCGCAGGACUUUGAGCUGCGCAAGUCGCUGCAGGAACAGCGCUUGACUGCUGCAUUGGAGCGGCAUCAGUUCGAGCUAACGGACCGCAGCUUUAGCAAGGAGUGCCUGUUCUGUCGCACUGUCAUUAAAGGUCUCCGCGCCGACUACUUGGAGCAUCUGUUUGACAGGCAUUUUCUGCUUGUGGGCAAGCCGGAGAAACUAGUUUACGUGGAUGAGUUGCUCGAUCAGCUCGAGGAGAACCUGAACAAAUUGAUGUGUCUGUACUGCGAAAAGAUAUUUAAGGAUCGCCCCACACUUAAGGAGCAUAUGCGCAAGAAGGGACAUAAACGCAUCAAUCCCAAUCGUCGCGAGUACGACAAAUUCUUUUUAAUCAAUUAUAAUCGUACAACUCCAGCGCCUGCGUCGCGCAAGCAGCCACGUCAGAAACGUAAAUCCCAAGGAGCGGAGGAAAAUGCCAGCGUUGACUUUGAUAAGCAUUUUGCGCGGCAGGACUCGGAUGGAGAUUGCGAUUCAGACUGGUCCGAUUGGGCAGGUGAUGGCGAGCCCCAUGCCAUUAAGUGUCUGUACUGUAUCCAAGAGGAAUCUCAGUUUUCCACUUUGAAGCAGCAUAUGCUUGAGGAGCAUCGUCUGGACUUUGACGCCGUUACUAGCACCUUGAAUUUCUAUCAGAAAAUUAAGGUUGUAAAUUAUGUGCGACGGCAGCUCUGCCUGCUGCGCUGCAUGUGCUGUGAUUUGCAAUUUGAUGAGUUCGAGCUGCUGGCCGAGCAUAUGGCUCAGGCGUCGCACUGUGGCAUCGGCGAGCGUGCUAGCUGGGACAAGCCCGAAUUCUUUUUUCCCUAUAUGGAUAACGAUGGACUUUUGUGUGUGCUGGAUGACAAUGCGGGCGACGAUUUGGAUGCGGAUGUGGUGCGCAUCAUUUCUGAGGAUAGCCUGGCGCAGAUAAACAAGGAUGCGGAGCGUUUGUCAUUGGAGAAUUUUAAAUUGUGAAUCCUGGUUGCAAAUAAA